GGAAGCCCUGCGUGUGUUGCAGUCCACACUAAUGAUUAAUGAAAGUCUGACCCUUUAGUUUUCUUAAAAAAUAAGUAAUAAAAAAUAAUUAAUAUUUAUUAAAGCUUAAUUUAUAACAAAAGGAAAUCAUGCUCCUUUUAAAUAGGCACUGUAACUGUGGAGUUUAAGAGUUGCUACGAAAAGCCUUACCAUGUCUACAAGUACAACAAGUACAGAGUUUACAGAGUCAAGUCUAAACUCUAAAUUUAAAAUUUAAAUCAUUUUCAUUGAUUCAUUGUCUUAUUAAAUCUCACAUCUCUUUUUGUUACUACAACUUACAACUACAUUACAAGUCAAAUAAAUUCAAUUAACAACAAUGUCAUGACAUGUAGGCGUAGGCCUACAUACACAAAACAAGGAUUAAUUCUUAAUAAUAGUAGGCCUAUUAUUAUUAUUAAUAGUUAGAACUAAUUAGUAGCAAGCCAGACAUGAAGCAGCAGUUUAAACAAACAACACAGUUGUAGAUUGGUGCAAUUUUAUGAGAGAACAAUAAAAAUCGUAACAGUGGCUGGAAAAUAAUCCAGAUCAAAUUGGAGGCAUGGACAACAAUCGACUACCAGUAGUGGUGGAAAUUGAUGAGAGUCUAACUAGUCUAUGUAUUUUCAUCGCAAAUAUCACAGAGGCCAAUGGCGAGAUGGCCACUUGGUCUUUGGUGGCAUUGAAUGCGGCAAGGUUACAUGCUUUCUAAUACUAUUAGCGUUUCCUGACUGCACAGAGGCUACACCUGAGCCGUUGAUUCAAAGAUAAAUCUUCCCUAUUACACAAAAUAUCAUGUCUGAUGGCUGGGAGGCCCAAGCACAUAGUGACUGUAUCACCAAUGGCAUUUACAUGCACUAUGUUGUUGUGAACAGAACUUGUUCAAUCAUGAAGAUAGCAAAGUUCACAAUGAAAACUUGGAGAACAUAGGAAUGGGAAAGAAGCGGAUACUUCACAGUCAGUUGGUAACAUCCCUUGGAAAUGUAUUCCGCAAAUAGGCUUGACAAGUUCAGCGACUAUCGGGCCUAUAUGAUUGUGACAUUCUUGAAGUUCAUAAAAAAAACUAUCCAGUUUGAAUCACCUCCGAAAAGAAAUGGCAUAUUUCAGAUAUUAUAACUGCUGUUAUAUUUACAUUCUCCAAUGACUUUAUGUAUUUUUGAUAUAAAAAACUGUUGUUUUAUUUAUGCUCAUAAAUAAUUUACUAUUAAUUAAUAUGACAUGACAUAUUCCUGAUAUAACAACUGUGUUUUAUUUACAUUCUCCAAUGACAUUAUAUUAUAUAUUUCUGAUAUAGUAACUUUUGUUUUAUUUUCGUUAACAUAAAUGAAUAAUUUAAUAUAAUUUUUAUCAAUUUAAAUUCUUGUUUUGUUUUUGUGAACAUGCUUUCAGUUUGAAAAGUUAAGCAUCAAUAAAUAAUUUAGUGUAAUUUAAUAUAAAUUAUAUAAAUUCAAUUUCUUGUUUAAUUUUGUAAACAUGGCUUCAGUUUGAAAUUUCAUUUAGCAAAUCAACUUAUAGGUGCAAAAAUCUGGCGUAUAGGGAGGAAAAAAAACAAGAAAAUGGAGAGAUCAUUUAUGCUAAUGGCUAUGUACCAUUGGGGGCCAUAGAAAUCAAAUAAAAAGAAAAGUUAGUGCCGUACAAUUUAGUUUUAGUUAACUAUUACUGACUGGAGUUAAUUUAAUAAAGAAUAUCGGUACACAUAAAUUUGUAUGCCAAAAUAUAAAAUUCUAUCAGAAAAUUUACUUACCUGAACUGCACUUUUACCGACCUAAGUGCCCUAAGCCUUAGCCUUAGUAAGCCCAUAAGCCUAAGACAUAUGUUAAGACCUUUAAAAAUAAUGAAACAUCUCACUGUCUGUCUCUUACUAACCUUAGUAAACUCUAAUUUCCCUAAAAAGUACCGGUAUAAAAAAAAAUAAUUUUUUAAAUCACAUAAAUAGCCAGUAAAAACACUUGAAACAGAGCUACUAAGAACUCUACUAAACUAUCUAAUAAUUUAAAUAAAUAAAAUCGAGUUAUCAUAAUAAUAUGAUAGUUUAACAAUGACUAAACUAUUACUAUUAGUAUACCAUAGCAUAGGCCUGUUAUGUCUCUGACUCUGAGACUAAGUCACUAAGCUAUGGUGACCAGAAGUCCAGCUUUACCUGGGAUAGUCCCCAUUUUUUGCAUCCCCCAUCACAGCAUCCCCAAAAGGUCAGGACAUGUGGGCCUGUGGAGUUUUCAGAAGAACUGCAAAAUUUUCCCUUGACAAGGACAAAUUCUCCCACUGUGAUAGUCUUUCUCCGAUUACAACAACAUGUGGACACCAUAUAAAUUAUAAGUGGCAUAUGAAAGUCGAUACAUUGAAACAAAUGUUUGUUGUCAAAUGCAAUUUCAGUGAUUCCUUUUUAUGACUGUUGUUAAAAAAAAUGACCUGAUAGCUAUCCACUCAUCUCAGAAAUAUUAGUGUGCCAUGAUUAUGAAAUUAAUAAUUACAAUUAGCUUCUUGGUGCUUAAUAUUUUUGACACAUGUCGGUUGUGUCAAUUUCAUUAAAUUUUUUAAAAUGUCAUUUGUUAGCAGUUAGUUACUCCCUGACAAGAUGUUUUUCCUUUUAUGAACAUUAAACAAGUGACAUUUUCUGAGUAUUGAAAAAUUCCUCACAAAAAAUUUCUGGUACUUAUCUACCUUAUUGUUCACAAAUAUUUUACCUGUGAUUCUUAAUUAACACAACAUAAGGUUCUGCUACGUCCACAACAUACAGAACCGGUAUAUUAGAUAUUGUACACUAAUGAAGUUGUUCUUUGCCCUUCAGUCAAUUUUUUACAUUUUUACCAACCGUUUUUGUCUUCAGUGGUGGGGGUUCCUACACCCCGGGUCCCAGGUUAACCCCCCCCUCCCCCACCAACCCGGGGGUCCCAUGUUACCCCCAGUAAAAUCGGAUCACCAUAACUAAGCCUAACUCUAACUUACUCUCUGAGCAUGGAUACUAGUAGGUAUCUAUCAUAGUUCAAAGAUUUUCUUUUAGAGGAGUGACACUCUGUGCAUGCCCUGUAUAAGUCCUAACCCAUACAAAUUCAUACCUGAUAGGGAUACAAAACAUUACUGACGUCACUUCAUCACAGGUAUCAGGGUUGGGCUUAGAUCUAGCAUUAGGAGGAGUUUGUCUUCCUGUAUGCAGUACCAUACUGAUUCUUGCUGUCCUUGACUUACCUCAAAUUAAUACUUGAAAUUUUAAGAGUAUUUAAAUGAAACAACUUGCCACCCCUGCUCCCCCCAAAACUUGUCACCCCUGUGCAAAUGCAUGUGUUGUGUAGUCGUUAGAGCUGGCCCAGAGAUAGGUGAUCAUACGCUGUGGAAUCUUUUAAAUGAGAGCUGUAAAAAAUUUGAGGAAUUCUGUGUGCAUUAUAAAAGUCAUUUACUCCUUUCUCUAUCGAUGAUUUGAAAUACCAUCGAAAAAUAAUUAUUCACCAAAUUUAACAAAUUUAUAUUGUUUUCAAUUAAUUUCAAUUCCACUUAUUUUCUGUUCUUGUUUUAAUUUUUUUCUAUUUCACAUAGAAUGUCGAGUUAUUUCAUUGGAGUAGAUGUAGGCACAAGCAGUGUUAGAGCUAGUGUAGUUAAUGAUGUUGGUGCAAUACUAUCCACCUGCAUUCAUCAAAUUAAUAUAUGGAACCCAAAGCCAGACUACUAUCAACAGUCUUCUGAAAACAUAUGGAUUAAUGUCUCUAAGGCUGUUAAGGUAUUUAUUCAUUCAUUCCGAGAUCAUCUUAAUGAUAAUACCACACAAUUUUAUAGUGUUAAUAAAUGAAGGAUGCGUUCAAGCUGUGUGAAACAAAUAGUAGGACAAGGUGUGUGCAAGCUUGAAUUAAGAAGAUGGCAAUCACUUAAGUUUUAAACUUGUUUCUAUUUCUUGUCCUAUUUUCAUAUGUCCUGUUUGCAGAGUUAGGCUCUUUGAUGAAACAUUGUCUUAUUGUCCUGUUUCUUAAUUCAAGAUUCCACAUACCCUAUCCUACUAUUUCCUUUAAAUUGUUGUUAGUAAUUUUUGUAACAAUCCGAUGUAAAUGGAAAAAUUUUAAAUAAAAUGACUGACCCAAUACUACCUACAGAAUUUUUUAGCAUUUUAGGUUCCAUUUUGAAUGAAAGCAAAUGUAAUUCUGACAUUUGAGAUAAAUUCUGUAAUUAAGUCUUUCUGUAAGUCUUUUGUGCUCUUAAAAAAAAAAUGUCUAUUUAUUGAUUACAGACUGCUGUUUCUGAAUCAGCAGUAGCUCCAGAUAAGAUUGGAGGGAUUGGGUUUGAUGCAACAUGCUCCUUGGUGCUAUUAGAUUCACAGUUCCAACCUGUUUCCAUUUCCCCAACGGGUAUUAUUUGAAUUCUUUUACUGACUGUUUUUUUAUUAAACAAGUGACUAAUCUCAUUUACAUUUAAAAAUGUAAAUAUCAUGUUUUCAGUGUGCUCUUUGCCUUUUAUAAAUGCAGGGAUGCACAAUCAAUUAGCCGCACAAAAAAAUAAGAGUGGCCUUGUGUCUUUAAUAUCUGUAUAAGUUUAUUUAGUUGCAUGUUUGUAUUGGUUGUCCGUUUGUUGGUUGCACUUUGUUCCCCUUUGUAAUUUGGGCAAAUGCUGACUUAACUUUAUACAUUUCUUUUCAGCUGAAAAAGAUCAGAAUAUUAUUAUGUGGAUGGACCAUCGAGCCCAGAGUCAGACUGAUGUUAUUAAUGCCACUAAGCAUCAAGUGUUAAACACCGUUGGGGGCGUCAUGUCACUAGAGAUGCAGCCCCCAAAACUAAUGUGGCUUAAACAGGUCUAUAGCUUAAAAUACAAAACUUUCUGAACUUGAUAUAAUUGAUAAAAUCUUGUGAGUAAAGUAAUUGUGAACAAGAUGAUAACAUAAUUGAUAUCAAAUAUUUGAAAGACCUAAUAAUUAUUCAAAGAAAAGUGUUAGCAAUUUUUAAGUACAUUACCAUUUAAAAACCAAUGAAUGAAUUUUUGUUUUCCCAGAAUUUGCCUCAAAGCUGGAAGUCAGCAUGCCACUUCUUUGAUCUUCCAGACUUUCUCACAUGGAGAGCUUCAGGCUCUUUAAGCAGGUCAGAUGGCUUAUCAUUUAUCAAUCCAUGUCAACUUCUCUUAUUCUCAGAGUCAGAUACAAGCAUAACUAAAAGUCCCUUCUGAACAAAAUGUAUAAUAAAUGCAAUGACUGGUUUGUGUAAACUGUAUCAAAGAGUUUCAAAUAAACCUCUUGACUACAGUGUUUCCUUAUAAAUGAACUGUUUUCUUUAGGUCCUUGUGUUCUCUGGUGUGCAAGUGGGGCUAUCAAGCAGGGGAAGACAACCAAGCAUGGGAUGAUAAUUUCCUUUCCUUGAUUGGCCUUGAAGACCUUGCUGAUAAUGGGUAUACUAAAAUUGGUAAAUCCAUUAUUCACUUUAUGCUAUUUUUACCUAGAAAAAUAAUAAAUUACUUCUCUGAGUGAUCCUUGUGCUCUUAUCCCAUUAAAACAGUGUAAACAACAUUCUGCAGCAUACUGAAAAUUUGGUGUUUUACAAGGCUUAAAGGACUAAGCAAUUGAGAAAAAUUAAAUUAAAAAUGUUCCUAAAACGUUUUUUUUUUUUACAAGUCUGUCAUUGGAUAAUUAUGACAUCCUCUGUGCUCUGUUGUUGCAUGGGGAUUUUCCUCAGUUAUAGGAAAAGAACCUAGUGUAAUGGAUUCAUGAACCCAGCUUGACAGCUAUUUUUGGGGAGGAGGAAAACCCUGAGUUAGAAACCUCAGCCACUGAAGACAGCAGCCAAAUUGGCUUGGGUUAUUAAUUAACAGCCUAUAAUCUCCUGAAACAAUGUGUCAAAUGAAAGAAAAAUAAAGAUGAAAAACUACUAGGCCUUACACUACAUAAAUUGAUAGUAAAAUUUAAACAGUUUUGCAUGGGAAAAUCUGUCAUCAGAGAUGUAGCUAGGGUUGGUUUUGCCAGAGGCACGCCAAGCUACCACACCUCCCCCCUCCAUGAACACGACACCCCCCCGCCCUCUACAGUUGGGAGACAUGCCCAUCAUCAUUAUCAGUGACACUACAGCCCAUGUAGGGCCCUGGUCUACUCCACCACAGCCUUCCAUUUGUAUCGAACCGUGGCUUUUCACAUCCAUGCGUGAACCACCAACUGAUGUAAGUGUAAGUCCUUCUCUACAUCAUUGAUCUGUCUCAAUCUUGAUCAGCCGGUGAGCCGUCUGUCCCUAGGUUUCUGCCUAUAGAUCAUUUUGCUGCUCUACAAUCUGGGAGAUGAUGCCGCCCCCCUCAAAAAACAAGUGCCAACUGUGCAUCUGUUCCACAACCCUUCCUGCGCCACUGUUUGUUUGAUUGAUUGGAUAUUUAAAUAGCGCUGGUAUCCAAUGCUCACUGUGCUCUGGUUUUCUUAAAUCUAUUUAAACAAAAAAGUUUUAAAAUGUUUCUUAAAUGAUUUUUUAUCAUUUUCAAUUCCCCUCAAAGAUUAAGGCAAACUGUUCCAUAAUUUUGGCGCUAUCGCUUCAAAAGAGCGCACUCCGUAUGACUUUUUUCUGUGUCCAUCCAAACUGGGAGCUCUUGGUAAGGACUGUGUUGAAGACAGCAGGUUCUUUAAGGAUACGUGUUAUAAAUCAGAUCUUUAUGAUAUUCCGGUGCAGAAUCUUCUAUGCAGUUAUAGUUAUUAACCUACUUCACUUUGUACCAGGAAUCAAGACUCUAAGUCCUGGCUCACCAUGUGGUUCAGGCUUGUCUCCACAAGCUGCUGAGGAUCUGGGACUUGUUCCUGGGAUACCUGUCGGGACAUCACUGAUAGAUGCCCAUGCUGGGGCAUUGGGUGAGUACAUAACAUUUGUUUCUGUCGAUUUGUAACUAGAUGAUUUAUGCAUAGCACACUUGCCUGAUCCACUAGAGGUUUGAACAGUGAUCUCUCAUUUAUCUCCACAAAAGCUUUGUCAGAUCUCAAACACAUAACUCAUGAAGUUUCUAUGUUUGAAUUAAGCAUAACAUCACUGUUGGGUAUCUUUCUGUCUUCCUUGCCUUGGGUGGACAAGGUUAAAGGCUCAUUGUAAUGCUUCCAGAUCAGAGGUAUCAUUAUUUGAUGCCAGGUUUCCACAUACACUGACAAGUGACUAGUUUUUUGUUAUACCCCCCCCCCCCCAACCCCACCUACCCCUGGCUGCACCAGGGCCUGGCAUUUGUCCCACGCUUAAACAUAGCCAUAUGUGAAUAACAGGAUAUCAGACCUUGAGAAACCAGAUUUUUCUAGAGCAGCCUUUUCAAUUCUUCUGCAGUGAUGUACUUUGUGAAUACUGCUUUGCUGUACUUUGUGAAUACUGCUUUGAUGUACUUUGUCAAUACUGCUUUGAUGUACUUUGUCAAUGUUGCUUUGAUGUACUUUGCCAAUACUGCUUUGAUGUACUUUGUCAAUGUUGCUUUGAUGUACUUUGUCAAUACUGCUUUGCUGUACUUUGUCAAUACUGCUUUGCUGUACUUUGUCAAUACUGCUUUGCUGUACUUUGUCAAUACUGCUUUGAUGUACUUUGUGAAUACUGCUUUGCUGUACUUUGUCAAUACUGCUUUAAUGUACUUUGUUAAUACUGCUUUGAUAUACUUUGUCAAUACUGCUUUGAUAUACUUUGUCAAUACUGCUUUGAUAUACUUUGUCAAUGUUGCUUUGAUGUACUUUGUCAAUGUUGCUUUGAUGUACUUUGUCAAUGUUGCUUUGAUGUACUUUGUCAAUGUUGCUUUGAUGCACUUUGUCAAUGUUGCUUUGAUGUACUUUGUCAAUGUUGCUUCGAUGUACUUUGUCAAUGUUGCUUUGAUGUACUUGUCAAUACUGCUUUGCUGUACUUUAUCAAUACUGCUUUGAUGUACUUUGUCAAUGUUGCUUUGAUGUACUUUGUGAAUACUGCUUUGAUGUACUUUGUUAAUACUGCUUUGAUAUACUUUGUCAAUACUGCUUUGAUAUACUUUGUCAAUACUGCUUUGAUAUACUUUGUCAAUGUUGCUUUGAUGUACUUUGUCAAUGUUGCUUUGAUGUACUUUGUCAAUGUUGCUUUGAUGUACUUUGUCAAUGUUGCUUUGAUGUACUUUGUCAUAAUGCUUUAGCAUACAAAUGUGUGGUAGUAAAUGAAAUGUGGACACACUUUAUGGUGGUAUUUCCUGGACCUCAUUGCUUCUUUUAAAGGCUUUAUUGUUGCUUCCAUACAUGUCUGCACAUUAAAUGUGUUUAAGAAAAUAGAAAUUUAAAAUCUACAUUUAACACCCAAAAUUAAAUCAAGCUGUGAAGAUGCAAACAAUGGUUGUUGCGAUCUGUUUCAUGCUGUUUACCAUUUUCUGUCUCACAGCUUGUUUAGGCUGCAACCCCAGUUGCAAGUCAUUGGUGUCAGAUAUAGAAAACUGUUUGGUGGUCAUAGCUGGAACGUCCACUUGUCAUGUCAUUGUAAGAGCUCAUUUACCAUAAUUCAUUUCAGUAAAUGCAGUUUGACAAUAGCAAUUUUUUCCAUAUGUUUAUGUAGUUGUAAUUUUUUUGGAAAGCACAGAAAAAAAACCCAACAACCAAAAAAACCCCUAAUAUUAUAUAAUUCUAUACUUUAAAAACCAUAACAUGCUUGUGAUACUCUCUUUGCUGAUAUGAUGAUGGCCAUUUCCAUGAGCUACCUAACUACUCACUGACACAUUGCAUUCCAUGUAUGUUUCCAAAUGUUGCUGUUGCUUACCCUAAAUUUAAAAAGUUACCACAUUAUUAGUCUGCUGCCUUGUACUUGUAUGUGUUAUCUUUUCAUAGUGCAGUAAAAGUCAAGUGUCUGUGCCUGGAGUCUGGGGGCCGUACUACUCAGCCAUACUGCCAGCCAUGUGGAUUAAUGAAGGGGGGCAGAGUGCAACUGGACAGUUGGUGAGGUAUAAGGACAUUGAUGCACAGAAUAAAUGUGUUGAGAUUUUUACUAAUAGAAGUUGGCAGACAUGGUUCAGUCACUGAUAUCUUAUACACAUGCAAGUCUGGAUUAGAAGGAAAGUUAUCAUCGACAAUGGUUGAAGCAUUCAGCUAAUUACAGAAGAAAUUAAGUGUACAAAGUCCAAAAAGCAAAAAACUCCUAUUUUUAGUUUUGAAAUUAAGAGAGAUACAGAACAAAGAAGGAUGAACAAAUUACUGUUUAAUUAUAUGCUCUCUUGUGUUUUGCAUAUAUUUUGUGGUGCACUUCACUGAGACAUCUGAAAAUCGUAAUGUUGGGUUACCUAACUAAAACGGCUCUCAUUGGAUAAGUGUAUAUAAAUUAAUUAAUUUAGCAAAUUGAUAUUACUGUAUAAUACUGUGCAUAAUGUGAAAUGUUUUGGUUAAAAAUACUACUUAAUACUACUUUAUUCUAGUGUUUCGCAUUAUACAUAUGUGUAAACAUCUUUUCAUUACUGUUAUAUGAUAUUAAUUGACUUCCACAUUCUUUGCAUUCUUUUUAGAGGCUUUGGUACUUUUACAAAAUAUUAUCAAGACCUGCUGGUUUCUGAUUUUGCAUUGCUAGCUUGAAUACACAAAUCUCUAAGUACAUAAAUGGAUUAGGGUGAUUCCAUCUUAAAUUCUUUGCAAAAUUUUAUGGACAUGAAGAUAAAUGGAUUAGAUAUUGCAACUUGAAUUUCAUUAAAUGCAUUGUAAUUUUUGUAGUCAUGAUAUUUUAAUCUCCAAGAUCAUAGUUCUUGUCUAGUUCUGUGCACUGACUUCUCAGAAGAGAUAGGACAGUUAGUAUUUUACUUUCAGAUUGACUUCGUCUCAACCAAUCACUCAGCAUUUGCUACAGUAAAGGACAAGGCAGAGAUCAGGUACUUUUUAAAACCAUAUAAAACUGGAGCUCAGGACAACCCUAUAGAACAUUUGGCACUCUGUUUUAAAAUUUUGUCUAUAUUCUUGUAUUUUUAAAACUAAAAUUAAAGUCUUUUAAACACAAUGGCCCUAGAAGAGAACUGUGCAUGAUCAUACUAUGUGUGAAUGGACAGCUACAUAGAAAGUUUUUGAUUUCAAGACUAGUAGUGAAGCAUCAAUAUUUCAGAAUGAGGUUUCUAUGAAAAGUUUCAUAAUAAACUAAUGUCUGAUAUCUCAAUAGUGCAUAAGGUGAAUAUGAAUUUGCUUUCAUGAUAAAUAUUUACUCUUCAUGUUCAGUGGCCACCAUGUUUAUGAAUAUCUGAAUGCACAUCUGCAAUUAAUGGCAGAUAGAGCCAACUUGUCAAAUGUCGCAAGCCUGACACACACCUUACAUGUUUGGCCAGAUUUUCAUGGCAACCGGUCUCCUUUGGCAGAUGUCAGUAUGAGAGGAAUGGUAAGGAAAAGAGAUUUGAGUUAUGUACAAACUAAGUUAUUUUUUUUUAGCUGGAGAGUUCUAUGACUUCCACAUAACAAGCUGCUUCCUGUAUAAUAAACAAAAUAUUUAAAAAGAACAUAUCUUUCCAAAACAGGUGUGUGGUCUUUCUCUGUCAGCUACUGAAGAUGACCUUGCCCUUCUGUAUCUUGCUACAAUACAAGCUCUAGCUGUAGGUACUUUAGGACUUAAAUUUUUUUUAAAAAUAUUAUAAACCGCUUUUUUCAUUUAAUGGAAUGGACUUUGUUGAUAAUGUUGUCAAUUGGCCUAGCAGUUUUACUAUUGAAUUUUAAAUAAUGUCAUUUUAAAAAAAAAGUGUCCCAGUAAACAAGAUUCUACUAACUCCCUUAAACACUUUAAAAAGUCUUAAAUAUACAAAUUAAAUAAUUAUUUAUCUAAAAAUAAGUAUUUUUGUUUGGUUUAUACCUAUAACAGUAUGGCACGAAACACAUUGUUUCAGAGAUGGAGAAAAGCGGUCAUACCAUUGCCAUAAUGUUCUUGUGUGGUGGAUUACGUAACAAUACCCUCUACCUGCAAACUCAUGCUGACGUCUUAGGUAAGGAAUCAUAUGAAACCACUUUAUAAAAAUGGAGAAGAAAGUUAAGUACUGGAAGAAUACUGUGCAAGUUAAGUUUAAUAUUUUAGAUGAAAUAACUACUUUUAUCUGAAUAUUCAGAAUAAAGAGAACUCACAAUCCACCAAAAAUUUACCUUUUUGCUUUAAAAGUUAAGUUUCCAAUUACACUAAUUUUUAAUGGUUGCAACAACCACAGUCCUGUCAAGGCUUUUCAUCCCUAGCACAAUCCUUUGGAUCUUUUACUUGUGGAUAACAUUAUGUCUACCUUCAGCCAAUGGAGAAACCUUCAGUUUGCUACCACCAUCACAAAGAGCAAACAUCUUCUAAACAUAAACCACUCUUAACUCCUCCUUCUGCAUGGUACCUUCAAAAACAAUAUUUAAAAAAUGAUCAUCUUUUUUAUUCAAUAUAUUUUUACAUGAACAAGCUUCCAAUAUUUUUUAAUGUAUCACUAUAUUUCUUUGUUAGGUCUGCCUGUAGUUCUCCCAAAUACAGAGCAAUCAGUCAUUCUUGGUGCUGCAAUGUUGGGAGCAUGUGCAUCUGGACAGUUUUCAAGUCUGCAGGUAUGUGGUAAAAUCUGUUGGUUUAAAAAAAUGAGGAGGAAGAAAACUAGUUUGAGUUUGAGAUAUUUAUCAAGAAAACCUUAUCAUAAAAUUUAAUGAAACCAAAUGCUACACUAUGACAAUCUCAAUAAAAAAAACAUCAACUCAAAUUUACUCACUAAACGAGACAAUCCUCCAACAAGUAUCGCGUUCAUUAGUAAUUGUUGCAACUCAAUAUUAUGUUCAUUAGUUGUUGAACGCUUUUCCCGCGCUUGUCUAUUAUAGUUAGUGAACGCUCUUCCCGCCAUUGUCUUUAUGACAUAUUUUUAUGCUGAGUCGUGACGUAUUGUCUAUGCAGUGUUGUGACGUAUGUUUUAGUCGUGCGGCAGUCUUGAGUGGAACCUUGGAGUGAUAGGAUGUUUAUUAUAUUUACUUAGAUAUUAAAGUUAUAGUUAUUAUGAAAAGGAGUUGAGUUUGUUAAUUGAUAGUGAGAAUAGUACGACGCUUCAACGUAUGAAAGAACUGACGAAUGUAAUCAAUCCAAGAAGACAGUAGGAGUUGACAUGGGGGCUUCUCAUCCGGGAUUGGUGAACCUCGUUAUUUUCAUACUUGAGGUAAAGUACAAGAACAUUCUUUAGGAGUUGACAUGGGGGCUUCUCAUCCGGGAUUGGUGAACCUCGUUAUUUUCAUACUUGAGGUAAAGUACAAGAACAUUCUCAUUAUUCAACUUUAGUGAAGUUACAACCAUCGUCGCAUGUUCCCGUAUUUCAAUGUUGGAGCCCCGCUGCCACCGUGUGUCAAGUUUAUAUGAGUUGCAUACGCCAGUAACUCCAUCAACCACCUACGUCCUGUAUUAGGCUAGUUAUGUCCUAACCUGCAACAGGCUAACUACACCCUGCCCGUUAUCAAGUUGCCAACGUCCUGUCCAGUUCCAGUGAAAUAACUAUGCCCUGCCCGUUAUCAAGUUGCCAACGUCCUGUCCAGUUCCAGUGAAAUAACUAUGCCCUGCCCGUUAUCAAGUUACUAACCUCGUUUCCAGUUCCAGUGAAAUAACUACGCCCUGUCCGUUAUCAAGUUACCAAUCUCCUGUUCAGUUCCAGUGAAUUAACUACGCCCAUUGCUGCAUCGAGUUAUCUAAGUCCUGCCGGUAGUGAGCUACCCACUCCGUGUUCAGUUGGAGUGAAUUAACUACGACCAUCGCAAUUAACUACGACCAUCGCUGCAUCGAGUUAUCUACGUCCUGUCGGUAGUGAGCUACCCACUUCGUGUUCAGCUCCAGUGAAUUAACUACGCCCCUCCACGUAUCGAGUUAACUACGUUCUUUCAGCGGUGAGCUACCAACUUCGUGUCAAGUUCCAGUGAAAUACCCAGCCCUGACCCUCAUCAAGCCGCCAACGUCCUGCUGAGUUCCAGUGAAUUAACUACGCAUUUCCCUGUAUCGAGUUAUCUACGUCCUGUCGGUAGUGAGCUACCAACUUCGUGUCCAGUGAGCUACCAACUUCGUGUCCAGUGAGCUGUGAAGUCUUGUGGCCUGUCCGGUCACCCAGUUGAACAACGCCCUGUCCUGUUUCAACGAGCCACCAACGUUCCGUCCUGCAUCAAGCUGCACAUGCCCGAUCCUGUAUUGGCGAGUUACACACGAACUGUCCAGUGUCGACGAUUCGCCUACGUUCUGUCCAUUGAGCUGCCGAUGUCCCGUGACCCGUCCCGGUCACCCACACAUCAAUGACUGUUUCCCAAGAUCGCCAUAUAGGACAAUUGAAGUUUGUGAGAGAACUAUUGACAGUAAAGAACCAUUGACACUUAAUUAAGCCCAGUGUGUGUUUUGAAUAAUAUUUAAAUUCUAUAGGACUUUCCACGAACCAGGCAAGUUGGAUUUUUAUUGUUUUAAAACAUUUUUGGCAUAAAUUUUAUUUUGUAUUUACAUUUUUUUACCUGGGUAGAAUUUAGAUUUUUGCUAGAGUUAGUUUAAACAGACUGCGAUUGGUCCUUAUUGUUUACUGUAUGAUCACCCUUAAUUUGCAUUGCUAUGGCUGGAUAUGUCAGUGGGAAAUGGAGUUUAGAAGAAAUUAGGCAUGUGGGAGUGUUACUUUGUUAUACCGGAGAGAACCUAGAGGAGUAUAUAAGAGUUAAGUUUGAAGAACAAGAACUUCGAGCUAGAGAGGAAGAACUUAGAGCUAGAGAAAUAAAACGUAUAUAUAGACAGAGAGAGGAAGAACUUAGAGCCAGAAAGAAAGAACAUAUAGAUAGACAGAGAGAGGAAGAACGUAUAAUUAGACAGAGAGAGAAAGAACGUAUAGAUAGACAGAGAGAGGAAGAACGUAUAAAUAGACAGAGAGAGGAAGAACGUAUAAAUAGACAGAGAGAGGAAGAACGUAUAGAUAGACAAAGAGAGAAAGAACGUAUAGAUAAACAGAGAGAGAAAGAACGUAUAGAUAAACAGAGAGAGAAAGAACGUAUAGAUAAACAGAGAGAGAGACAAUUUGAACUAGAUAAACUAGAUGAAAAAAUUAGACUGGCGGAAUUAGAGGCAGAACGACGGGAAAUUAUUUUAAAGAGACAGGCAUAUUAUUAUAGCGACAGUGACGAUGACGAGAGUCAAGGGGAAGAAAUAUAUUAUGGCAUUGCCAGCAUUCACUGUGAGAAUCCCUAUAAAAAUUUUAAUAGAGUUUCUAUUAAUGUAAGUGAAAACAACUUUGUGGAUAACGGUGGACAUACUCAUGAUCCUGACCCCAGGCAAGAGCCGGCCUCGCAACCACGGUUCAUGGCUAAAGAUACUGAGGAACAAAAUGAUAUUAUUGCCUCUGCUGACGACUCAAUUUUUUUAAAUAGAAAUGACAGUGAUUUGUUAAUUGAUCCGUCGGCUAACGUUAAAAGGGACAACGUUGACCGUGCUGACAUACCCCCAGUGGCAAAGGGUACAGAUAUAGCUUUAGAUUCAUGUCAAAACGAGGUUGAAGUAGUUGGUGUAUCCCAGGAAGUCCAAUGUAAAGAAGAAAGGGGACGACAAUUUAAUAAGGUAGAAGUCAUUGGAAAUGACCUUAGGUGGACGUAUGUAGGGGAUUGUCCCAGCGCCACAGUAUGUAAUAAACUGGUGGUUAUGGAAACGGGCUGUAUUGAAAGCAAAGAGAACCCUGUUCUAAUGUCUGAGGACAUGAUUUUUGUUGUAUCUCAUGGUGAGCCAUCAGAUAAUGUAAGUCCUGAAGUUGAUUUUUUGCGUGAAGUUGAUGAGGUGAGUGUAAUCCCUGAGGUGGGGGAAGGAGAGAAAAUUGUUGUUGAUACCGGUAACUAUAGUGAUGUAAAUGGUUCACUGUGUAAUGUGAGCAAAGGUUGCUCAAAUGUUGAUAUUUUUACAGAGAUAUGUACUGGUAAUGAAUAUGAAUUAGUUGAUAAUGUGAGCCAGGUGUGCUCAGGUUUUGAUGUUACUGCAGAGAUCUGCAAUGGAAAUGUAUCACAAGUUGUUAUGAGCAGGGGUUGCUCAAAAUUGUAUAGUAUUACAGAGAGCUGUAAUGAUGAUGAAUCACCUGUAAAUGUGAGCCAGGGCUGCUCAAAUUCGUAUAUUGUUACAGAUAGCUGUAAUGAAAAUAAAUUCCCAAGUAAUGUGAGUGAAGGUUGUCCAGAUUUUGAGAGCCAGGAGUGCUCUAACAUUAAGUUGGAAACCAAUGUUGAAAGUGUUAAAGAGAGCGCUGCCAGCUCUAAAGGUGCACUUGUUUAUGAUUUUCAAGAGGAGGUGAGUUGUCAGGUCCAUGAGUUGGGAGGUGAGGCUUUUGAUUGUAUUGUUAAACAAAAUGAAUCUGUUAAAAUGAACUAUUGCCAUGAUUGCCCUGAAGUUCCUGAUUUGUUUGAGUUUCUUUUUUAUGAGACUCGUUUUUCAUUUUGUAACAAUUUAAAAAUAUGUAUUGUAAAACUGAGAUUUCACAUGAGUUAUGACCACGGGUCAAAAGAACAGGGAGAGAUAAUUUUAAUUAUAAUAAACAUGUUGAAGCAUAAAGUUGUGAAAUCCACGGACAAAAGAUAUGUCCCGCCAUCUGUAGCUGUGUUAUUUAAGAGCAAAUAAAGGCUGCUCAAAUUGAGGUGAGGCAUCUCUCACCUGUAAUAAUGUUAGAUAGUUUUGUGUUUUUAUAGUGAUGGCAAUUGGUUUUGUUUAAAAAUACACCUUCUUAAUGAUAUGAUUUGGAUUAACUUAGUUAUAGUUUCAAAUUCAGUAAGGAUGUUGAUGUAUUUGCCCUGAUUUUUGAGAUAGAAAUAUAAUUAUUUUUAUUGGUAUGAAAAAUGAAAAUUAACGUUGACAUUCAAUUUCAAUGGUCUGAUUUUUAUUGUUGUACAUGAAUUUUUAACUCUUGAAUUGCAGUUAAAAUUAUGUACGAAGGAUUGUUUAUUUUAUUGCAGUAUAUCAUAAAUCUGUUUGAUUUUCAGUGAUACCUAAAUAAUGUUUUUUUGAUAAGGACCAUUCAUAUGGCUGAAGGGUUCUUCUUGAUGUAAUUCAUGUAAAUUUUGUGUGUCUGGUGACGAUUUAACUCCGUUAGUUAAAUCUGAAAUGAAAGAGGGGGGAUAUGUCGAGUAUGAGCGUUCAUUAGUAAUUGUUGCAACUCAAUAUUAUGUUCAUUAGUUGUUGAACGCUUUUCCCGCGCUUGUCUAUUAUAGUUAGUGAACGCUCUUCCCGCCAUUGUCUUUAUGACAUAUUUUUAUGCUGAGUCGUGACGUAUUGUCUAUGCAGUGUUGUGACGUAUGUUUUAGUCGUGCGGCAGUCUUGAGUGGAACCUUGGAGUGAUAGGAUGUUUAUUAUAUUUACUUAGAUAUUAAAGUUAUAGUUAUUAUGAAAAGGAGUUGAGUUUGUUAAUUGAUAGUGAGAAUAGUACGACGCUUCAACGUAUGAAAGAACUGACGAAUGUAAUCAAUCCAAGAAGACGGUGUAGGAGUUGACAAUUACAAUCUCAAUAAAAAAAACAUCAACUCAAAUUUACUCACUAAACGAGACAAUCCUCCAACAAGUAUCCAAUAGUCCAUACCUUGGAAUUCUCUUCUCAAAUAACCUAAAAUGGUCGCCCCAUAUAAACAAAAUUUCAAAAAAAGCCAACUCCACCCUAAGUUUCAUCCGAAGAAAUCUGCGCCACUGCCCAACUUCCUGAAAACGGAAUGCCUAUCUCGCACUCGUCCGUCCACUACUGUAAUAUGGUGCGAUCAUCUGGGACCCACACCUUAAGCAAGACGUGGACACGAUGGAGCGAAUUGAACGUAACGUGGUGCGUUUUAUCGCUCGAGACUACAAAUCCACCACUCCUGGCUUCGUCACUGGCCUCUUAAAAAGAUUUGACCUCCCUCCCCUUAAAGACAGACGAGAGAGACUCCGCCUGACAUUCUUAUAUAAAGUGAUCAUGUGACUGGUACCGGCCAUCCCAGCAGGCAAGUACCUCACCCCACAGAAGCCGGGUAGACUGAUCAGAGCAAAACGCUCACUGAACACAGACUUCACCACUGACAUUCCCAUAAACAAUUACAACAGAAACAAUAGCAAAUGCUUCAAAGUGCCUCAGUGCAACACAGUGCAGUAUCAAAAAUCUUUCUUCCCACGCACAAUAAUAGCAUGGAACAACCUGAACGAUGCCACUGUGAACUCCACAUCAGUCGGAAGCUUCAAGGCUGCCCUGGCAUCAGCUAGGAGCUGUUAGAAUAGCAACAUCAUACCCCCAACUGUUGCAAAGAUGCCAGUACAUGGAUGCAGCAACAAAACAGAACCAGAACCUGAGUUUUUAAUUGAGCAUCUUUAAAAAAAAACACAAAAAAACUGAUGACAGAAAUUUCAUUUCAGUCAUCUAUUUCUUUAGUUUUCUCACUAAAAGAAAUAUGACAUAAUUAUAUCUCAUUGUUUCAUUAUGUCAAGAACUUCAUUCUUCUACAUUAAAUUUCUUGGUGGCUAAUUUACAGAGUUUCAAAGCUUAUUUAUUUAAGACUUAAAAACUGGAUACAUGUAAAGUGGUGGUCCUCAUUGAGCUGCUUGUCUGAUUGAGGGUCUGCUUGAACUCUCCAAAUGACCUUGUUUGAUUUCUUAAUUGUCAGAAAAAGCAAAAUGGUUUUGAAUUGUUUUGAAUUUAUGGCAUCUGAGUGUUUUGUGUUGCCUUUCUUAAAAACACAAUGUGAUGUAUAGAGCAUUUAGUUGCCAGCUUUAUGCCCUCUUUCCAUUGAGUACUAAAGGAGCCAGCAAAUCAACCACCUUGUCUGGAUGCUGGUUUGAAGUUUUUUAAUUAAUAAUAAUAAUAGCAAACAAUAGUAAUUGAAAUGAUAAACCCCAGUCCAAUAGCAUUAUAUUUAUAUAAUGAAAAACAGAUCAAGACAAUAAUAUCAAUGUAUACAAAUAUUUUCAAAACUAUAUUUUUUUUUAAAACAGACAGCGAUGACAGCCAUGGGAGGUCAAGGUUCAGUAGUAAACCCAGAUCUCAGCAGUUGCAGGUGAAGUUUAUAUUUUAUAAUACAUUGAGAUUAUCAUAUAAAAAGGAGUUUGCUUCAUGUUAAUUGGCAUUUAAAUCUUAUAUUUUUUUUAUGAGUUGUAAAUUAGAACGAAUCUUUCCAAAAAGCGUUUAACAAAUUUUUUUAUUUAAAAAGAAAAAUGUCGAGUACAUUUUCUGCUUACAAUAGAACAUAGUUUAUUAUAGUCACACAAACAGUUAAUUUAUUUGUCAAAACUUUCAACAUCCAUAUUUUACAGACUAGAAUUGUAUUCAUAUUUUAAGUUCUAUAACUAUAACCAAAGGAUAGACAUUAGAUUAAAAAGAUAUCAGUUCAUUAAUUAAAUACAAUUAUAUUUUUUGUUUAAGCUUAGGCAAGUUAAUGAUCAAUUAUUUUUUUUCAGCUUUCAUCAGAAAAAGUAUAACUUGUUCCUAGAAAUGAUGCAAGACCAAAGAAAGUACCAGAAGAUCAUGUCUGACACUUAGAGUUUAUGACAUGCUCUGUCAUCAGGAUUGUCAGAUAACUAAUAUGCAAUUAUGAUCCAGAUUUCUUGAUGAAUAUAAUCAGAUUUUAACUCAUCGGUGACCAGGCAUUCCCUUUUUCUGAGCAAGACAAUAUUUGUCACCAGAGCUGUUUUAAAUAAUUAUUACUUGUGAAUUGUUAAACAUUCAAAUUGAUACAUCCUAUAGUUGAUAAUAAAUAAUAGUAAUUCUCUAAGAGUUAAAAUAUGUUCUGUACAUAAUACUGGAAUUUUUGUUAGCUUAAGGGUAUGUGUUAAUUUCUUAAUGUGCUAUUUUUGCUGGCAUCCAUCCAUCACAAUGUGACGAUGAUGUAGACUUCACAGAACAAAAUCCACAAGCCUUAGAAUAUUCUUAUAAGGUGGUUCCUAACACAGCAAAUCGCCCAUCUUCAUGCCGCCGGAUAACCCAAGCGAACAUCAUAUGUGGAUGAUAAAGCUUCACAGGAGUUGUCGGAAUGUUUCAUCAUGUCAAUGCUAUUCACCUAUGGGACUCCAUCUCCGGUUUGAAUUCAGAGUUUCCUUCUCUUAGAUGAGUUGCCAUCCAAGGUUAACGAGUCCCAUCCACCCGGGGUGUUGGUGAUGUUUUUGCUUGACUGGGCCUUGGUGGGGAUUGAACUCCAGACCACAAACUUGAGAUUUAUUCAUUUUAGAUCAGCCUCCGGCUGUCCCGCACCCUUGUGCUAUUCUCUACUGAAAUGUAGAUUGUAAUUCAACAAUAAAUAUUUUGACAUCCAGAUUAUUCAAUCUGUUGAAGCUAUGUCAACUAAGUUUCUUUCUGAUAAUCUUGUCCUUCAAAUCUUUAUAUGCAAUGAAUCACUGCAGUCCAUCUGUAAUUCAUUGAAAGAUGCAGACAAAAUAAUUAAAACCAUUGUGACAAGUCUUGAAAAGCAUAAAUGCCUCAUUAUCCAUACAGUACAGAUGAAACUGUGUGGUGUCACAAAAUAGUAAAGGUAAAUUCUUACAGAUUUUUUUUUAAUGGGGCUUGUACUUUGGUAAGGCUCAGAGAAACAGCUUUUCCAAUUAACUGCUGUUCAAACCCCACAAGAAUAAUUAGAAUGUUAGACCAAUGUAGAAAAAAAAAUAAUGAAAAUUGUGCAGCAUUGUAAGCUGCUUUCAUCAUUGACAGUAUUAUUUGUGAUCAGUGAUAGCUUUGUUUAAAGACUGUUUAUGUACUGUUCUAAGGAUUUAUUAAACAUUUAUGAACGUUUAUGUAAUCUUAAUUCUAAAAAAUGCUUCUUCAUAUAUUUUAUGGAUUUUUAAGUCAAAGCUUAUCAUUGUCAUGUCUUAGGUAUAUACCAAAUUUAAAUUAAAGAAUCCAUGGCUGUUUAUGUAAAGAUUUAUUAAGUCACUUUUAUAAUGAACAUGUUGUCAGGCCUUUAUAAGAAAAAAAAUUCACCAUAAAAUCUAGCCCUCCUCAGACAUUUUUCUCAUCUUGCUUGAAAUUAGUUUACUUCCUAAAUAAAUACCCCCCACCCCCCAUAGAAGGCAAUUUUACUUUCUAGGUACCAACUUUGUUCAUUGAAAAUGAUGGAGGGUUUAGUUAGCUAUUGCUACCCAAACAGAACAAAGUGAUUUAAUUUAUUAUUGCUCCAAGUUAUAUAGGUAUUUUGUUGCAAUACGAUUUUAGGAAAAAAAUUACCUGCUAAUCUUAAUAAUGGUGUUGAAAAUAUCUUGAGUCUAAGCAAUAUUUUUUAUAGUUUCAGUUAUUUUGGUUGAGUACCAUGUGUUUCGCAUAUUUGUGUGUGUCAAUAUUUCUUGGUACCCAGUUGUUUUUCUUCAAGAUUUUCUGUAAUUUUAUUGUAAUGCAGGGGUCUCAAACUCACAUCAUCUGCGGGCUGCAGGAGGUAGAGUCUGAGUGUGACUGGGCCGCAUCAAGUAUUCCACCAAAAAGCGAUUACAAAUUCAGUAAGCACAACUGUUACAAUGUGCUCAACCUUUAGUUAAUAACAAAUAAAAACAUUAAGGGUUCUCAAGAACUAGGCUAGACUUUCUUCCUCCUACUCAUUGUUGCCAGAGACCUGGCAGCGCUUCUUGUUACACAGCUGAACAUUUGGCUUGAGUGAGGAAGCAAGCUUGAGUAAGGAACUGAGACCCUCGGAUAGCUUGAAGAUGCUUUUCAGUACGUUUGGCCCUGAAUUUUGACUUAAGUUCGUAGUGGAAAAGAGCUUUUGACACAGAUAGGUACUCCCAAAAAAGGCUCAUGAUCCGCUUGAACAACCUGGAAAUCUCAGGGAAGGUAGAGGACAAGGGUCUCAUAAAUUGUCCAUGCUUGUCUGCUUUUUCAUUCACCUUCCUGAACUUAAAAUUGCACUGAAGAUCCAUCUGCGUAAAAACAUUGGGGUGGGGGGCAUCUUCCACAGUAAAGGAAAAAGGGUCGGCAAAAAAAGUUGCUCUGUGUGUUUUUUAGUCUAAAAACGUGGAUCCAAUUCUUCCUGUAGCUUUGCAAUGGCAUCAGUAUAUACUUACUACUGAAUGGUGUGCCAGAGUCCAUGAUUACUUUGCAUGUUGGGAAAUGGCAGAGGUUUCUCUAAGUACCAUAACACAAGUUUUGUGCAGAAUGCCCAGACAUUGUCAUAGGCACCACUGACAAGUUACCCCUGGUCUUGUAAUUUCUUGAUGAGUACAUUCAGCUCCUGUGUAAUGCCAACCAGAAAAGCAAAGUCCAUGAGUUAUUUGGGAUCACUUAGUACAGGAGCUACCACCCCAUCCUUUUCCACGACGGCUUUUAAUGCUAAAUCGUGUUCACACAGUAAACAGAAGCAGGCAAUAUUUAUGAAUUUUUGAUGAGAAGGAAGAUUCUAUUGUAGGGAGAAUGAAUUAAGAUUUUUUAUCCUAGUAUGGGCUUUUUUGACUAACCCUUUUGAAAGUGACCAAGCUGACUGGCUCUGAAUUUCCCUCACUUGUAAACACUAGCAGGAAUUUUAAUAGGGAUUUUCUGAUACUGUGUCAGAUUGCUACGAUUUACACAAUUAUAGUUGUGCAUUACUCAAUAAUUGACUUUUUAAACUGCUUUUUGGCUAUGUUUGUCUCAUAAAUGCAAUAAAAUAAAAACGUUUAGUCCGACGUUAAAACGGUUUUUACCAUUAUAAUCAACGUCCAAAUCUAUCCAAACAUAAUAAAAUCAGAAUUAGACUAGCAGGUAAGAUUUGACUUAAACCGUUGCGGGGGAGAGGGGUGUGUGUCAAUUAGAAAUGAGAAUGGGCAAAACUCGCCGCCACAUAAACACAAAAAUUUGUUCCAUGUAAUGGGCCGCAAAAUAUCGUCUUGCAGGCCACAAAUGGCCCGCGAGAUUGAGACCCCUGUUGUAAUAGGACUUCAAAAAAAUAAAAAUAAAAUUUAUCCUGCC